AAAAAUUUCUGCUUACUAAAUGGGCUUUUCUCUUCCUGGUGUAACUCAGGUGUAAUGUCUUUGCUGAGACCUCUUUUGCUGGAUGUCGUCCCAACUAUUCAACAGACUGCUGCUUUGGCUCUUGGGAGACUUGCCAAUUAUAACGAUGACCUGGCAGAGGCAAUCGUGAAGGGAGACAUUCUUCCACAGCUCCUGUGUUCAUUGUCUGAGCAGAAUCGUUUCUACAAGAAAGCAGCUGCAUUUGUGCUAAGAGCAGUUGGUAAACAUUCUCCGCAGCUAGCUCAGGCAAUAGUUCAGUGUGGAGCACUGGAAAUGCUUGUGAUUUGCUUGGAAGAUUUUGACCCUGGAGUCAAAGAAGCUGCAUCUUGGGCACUUGGGUAUAUUGCCCGACACAAUUCAGAACUGUCACAAGCUGUGGUGGAUGCAGGAGCUGUUCCUCUUUUAGUGCUCUGUAUCCAGGAGCCAGAAAUUGCUUUGAAAAGGAUUGCUUCUUCAACUCUCAGUGAUAUUUCAAAGCAUUCUCCAGAGUUAGCACAGACAGUAGUGGAUGCAGGAGCUAUCGCUCACUUAGCUCAGAUGAUCCUGAACCCUGAUGCUAAACUGAAGCGUCAGGUGCUGUCAGCUCUAAGCCAAAUAGCAAAGCAUUCAGUGGAUCUUGCAGAGUUGGUGGUUGAAGCAGAAAUUUUCCCAGUUGUGCUCACAUGCCUGAAGGACUCAGAUGAAUAUGUCAAGAAAAAUGGUGCAACUUUAAUUAGAGAGAUAGCAAAGCAUACGCCUGAGCUUUCACAGCUUAUAGUAAAUGCAGGUGGAGUUGCUGCUGUGAUUGAUUGUAUUCGCAGCUGCAGAGGGACUGUCAGACUGCCUGGCAUCAUGAUGCUUGGUUAUGUAGCAGCUCAUUCGGAGAACCUGUCAAUGGCAGUGAUUGUUUCCAAGGGAAUACCACCACUGUGUGCCUGCUUGGUAGAAGAACGUGAAGAUCAUCUUAAGGCAGCAGCUGCUUGGGCCUUGGGACAGGUUGGAAGACAUACUCCUGAGCAUGCACGUGCCAUUGCAGUAGCAAAUGUGCUUCCCACACUGCUUAAAAUGUAUAUGGACACAUACAGUUCAGAAGAUCUUCAAGUGAAAACUAAAAAAGCCUUAAAGAACAUCCUUCAGAAAUGCACAUAUCUUCCAGCACUUGAACCUUUGCUGCAUGAAGCCCCUCCCAAUAUUCUGAAACAUAUUGUUGGGCAGUUUAGUAAGGUGUUACCUCAUGACAGUAAAGCACGUCGUCUCUUUGUAACAACUGGUGGGCUUAAAAAGGUUCAAGAAAUAAAAGCAGAACCUGGGUCACUUCUUCAGGAGUAUAUCAACACUAUUAACAAUUGCUACCCAGAGGAAGUAGUAAGGUAUUAUUCCCCUGGAUAUUCUGAGAUACUUCUGGAAAGGGUGGAAAAUUACCAUCCAGUUUUUUAAACUUCAAAUUUUUAUUAGAGCUGUAUUUCACAUUUAUGUGUUUGUGACUGUAAUACAAAUACAGCUGUUGAAACUCUUGUUUGAUUCUGAAAUCUCCUUCUACUGUUUCAAUGACUGGAAGAGCUCAGCAAUUCCAGUAAGCUGUAUUUUGUUCUUUAUAAACUUGUUUGUUGCAAAGUUUU